UCCGCCUCAGUUCCUGUCCCCCCGCUACGAUUGGCCAACCGACCUCUUGGUCUCGGCCAAUCACCGCAGCCCUCUCGCCCCCGUGUUACUGGGUAGAACAAAACAAAAACAAACAGAGCGACAGGGGCCAGAGAUUGCCGAGGCGGCGGCGGCGGAGCGGGGUCGGGGCCUGCGGACGGGAAACCCGAGCGAGCUGCGGCAGCGGCGACCCGAGGGAGUCUAAAGGAAGACUUCCAUUUGGUAAUUUGUUAAAUCAGUGCAAGUAAAAUCAAGGGACUAUGGAUGUAGAAAAUGAACAAGUGCUGAAUGUCAAUCUUACAGAAAAUGUGGGGACUGAGGAAAUAAAGAAUGAAAUAAAUGGAAAUUGGAUCUCAGCAUCUUCUAUUAAUGAAGCUAGAAUUAAUGCCAAGGCAAAAAGGAGGCUACGAAAAAACUCAUCCCGGGACUCUGGCAGAGGCGAUUCCGUCAGUGAUAAUGGAAGCGAAGCCCUUAGAAGUGGAGUGACUGUGCCAACCAGUCCGAAGGGAAAGUUGCUAGAUAGACGGUCCCGAUCUGGGAAAGGAAGGGGCCUUCCAAAGAAAGGUGGUGCUGGAGGCAAAGGUGUUUGGGGUACACCUGGACAGGUGUAUGAUGUGGAGGAGGUGGACGUGAAAGAUCCUAACUAUGAUGAUGACCAGGAAAACUGUGUUUAUGAAACUGUUGUUUUGCCUUUGGAUGAAAGGGCCUUUGAGAAGACUUUGACACCAAUCAUACAGGAAUAUUUUGAACAUGGAGAUACUAACGAAGUUGCGGAAAUGCUAAGAGAUUUAAAUCUUGGUGAAAUGAAAAGUGGAGUUCCGGUGUUGGCAGUAUCCUUGGCACUGGAGGGCAAGGCUAGUCAUAGAGAAAUGACAUCUAAGCUGCUUUCUGACCUUUGUGGGACAGUUAUGAGCACAAAUGAUGUAGAAAGAUCAUUUGAUAAAUUGUUGAAAGAUCUACCUGAAUUAGCACUGGACACUCCGAGAGCACCACAGUUGGUUGGCCAAUUUAUUGCUAGAGCCGUUGGAGAUGGAAUUUUAUGUAAUACCUAUAUUGAUAGUUACAAAGGAACUGUAGAUUGUAUACAGGCUAGAGCUGCUCUGGACAAGGCUACUGUGCUUCUGAGUAUGUCUAAAGGUGGAAAGCGUAAAGACAGUGUAUGGGGCUCCGGAGGUGGGCAGCAGUCAGUCAUUCACCUUGUUAAAGAGAUUGAUAUGCUGCUUAAAGAAUAUAUACUCUCUGGAGACAUAUCUGAAGCUGAACAUUGCCUUAAGGAAUUGGAAGUACCUCAUUUUCACCAUGAGCUUGUAUAUGAAGCUAUUGUAAUGGUUUUAGAGUCAACUGGAGAAAGUACGUUUAAAAUGAUCUUGGAUUUAUUGAAAUCCCUUUGGAAAUCCUCUACCAUUACUAUAGACCAAAUGAAAAGAGGUUAUGAGAGAAUCUACAGUGAAAUUCCAGAUAUUAAUCUGGAUGUCCCACAUUCAUAUUCAGUGCUUGAGCGAUUUGUAGAAGAAUGUUUUCAGGCUGGAAUAAUUUCUAAACAACUCAGAGAUCUUUGUCCUUCAAGGGGCAGAAAGCGUUUUGUAAGUGAAGGAGACGGAGGCCGUCUAAAACCAGAGAGCUACUGAACAGAACUCUUGCAGUCUUAUAUGUUACAAAAAUAUAUAUCUGAAUUGUAAGAGAUGUUAGCACAGUUGGUUGGUUGUUUUUUUUUUUUAAGUACUUGUUUUGGGUACAAGGCAUUUCUGAAAUUUUAUAAACUUUCAUUUAAGGGGAAUUUUUAAAGGAAAUGCUUUUUUCCUUUUUUUUUUUUUUGAGGGUAUAAAGGAGGGACAGACAAGUGACCACUUCUUAAGUGGAAUAUUCUAAUAAGCUACCUUUUUGUAAGUGCCAUGUUUAUUACCUAAUCAUUCCAAGUUUUGCAUUGAUGUCUGACUGCCACUCCUUUCUUUCAAGGACAGUGUUUUUGUAGUAAAAUCACUGGUUUAUACAAAGCUUUAUUUAGGGGGUAAAGUUAAGCUGCUAAAACCCCAUGUUGGCUGCUGCUGUUGAAAUACUGUGCUUUGAGAGUUAAAAAAAAAGUUAAUUCUUUGUCUUAAAGAAUUUUAAGAAAAUGAGUUAGUCAUGAGACUUAUUCAUCUUUCCAGGGAACAUAUUGAUUGGUCUUAAGACAGUUCAGUAAAUGGUGGCUGGAACAUCUAUUUUUGUACAAAACUGGAAAAAUGAACCUGGUUCUAGAAGAAUGUAUGACAGAAUAAAACAUGUGAAGCAGUGUUGAUUCUUUAUUUGGAGUGCAUUUAUUUUGGGUCAUUAAAAAACUUGUACUUUACACUGUAAACUUUAUAUAAGGAAGCAUAUUUGAAUUUGCCUUGU